CUUAGACCCACUGGAAUCAAGCAGUCUGGACACUGCAAGGACUUCGGAGCCAAGAAGCGAACAGGUGGUGAAGAAGAUCCCAGCUCCGGUCCUAGAGGAUGGUUUGGGCAUUUGUCUUUGUUCUGCUGGGCGCUUGCUGUCAGGUGGAGGGAACCAAUGCCGGCCUGAAAGGCAGAGUAACACAGAAGGGCCUGGAGUACGGUCAGCAGUUCGGCCUGGAGGCGGUGAAGUCACUGCUGAAGAAGGAGCACUUCCCGGAUCUGAAUGGUUCAUACAACAUCCCUCUCAUCGGGGACGUGGGCUAUUCCGUGUCCAGGAUCCAGAUUCAAGAGCUGCAGCUGAAUGAGUCGGUCGUACGCUUCUCCGAGGGGACAGGCGUGAGGCUCGUGGUCAGCAAUGCCCGCAUCCAGCUCCACGGUGUCUGGCGAGUGAAAGUUCUGUUCGUACCCGACAGCGGCUCCUUUGACCUGAGCGUGAGCGACCUGUCCCUCUCCACCGAACUGGGGGUGAGCAGGGAUGACAGUGGCCGUCCCCAGGUGUGGAGCACCAACUGCCGCUCCAGCAUUGGGAGGCUGAACGUGAAGUUCCAUAAUGGAGCCAGCUGGCUUUACAAUCUGUUCACAGGGGCUCUCCAGGCACCCCUGCGGUAUGAAGUAAAUAGGCAGCUCUGUCCUGAGCUCGGGAAAGGGAUCCGUGAUCUGGAGCGAGUCCUGAAGACCAUGCAAGUCUCAGCCCAGAUCGACCCCUUUGCUGCAAUUGACUACUCCUUGGUGAACAAGCCAGUGAUUGCCAGGGAGCAUGGAGACAUGGACCUGAAGGGUGAGUUCUAUGGCGUGGGCAAGCACAGAGAGAGCCCCUUCUCCCCCGCCCCCUUCCUGCUGCCCGACGAGGGUGACCACAUGCUGCUCCUCGGCCUCUCCGAGUUCUCGGCCAACUCGGCUGCGUUCGUCUACUUCACGGCGGGGGCCUUGCGGAAAAACUUCAGGGACGACAUGAUCCCGAAGCACUCCCCUGUCCGGCUGAACACACGGAGCGUGGGGCUGUUCUUCCCAGAGCUGAAGAAGCUCUACCCUGACAUGCCCAUGGAGCUGCACCUGUUUGCCCGCAAGCAGCCCCUGCUGACCUGCCGCCCGGACAGCCUGGACCUGGCCCUGUUCGGCACAGCCGAGGCCUUCGUCGUCCUGCCAAAUGCCACUCUGGCCUCGGUCUUCCUGCUGGACCUGGAUGCCAGCCUGGCCGGGCAGCUGCAUCUCGACUCUGCCAAGGUCGGGGGCUCCGUGGCUCUGACUGACUUCAGCCUGUCCGUGGUGCGGUCCCAGGUCGGCUCAGUCCAGGUGAAGACGCUGGAGACCCUGCUGAAGCUUGCGCUGCGGAUGGUUGCAUUGCCAAUGGCGAACAAGAAGCUGAAGAAAGGAUUCCCUCUGCCCAGCGUCUAUAACCUCAGCCUGGUGAAUCCCCGUGUCAAAAUCAACCAGGGGUUUGUGUUGGUAGCCACAGAUGUGCAGUACCAGGCUUGAGCUGCCGUGGCUGGGUAGCCCCCCGUGGAGAGAGCCGCUGCCCCACAGGAGAACGCACACAGCCCAUGGCUUCCCUCGCCCCUGUAUCCUGCUGCCGCCUGCCCUGAAGCCGGCCUGGAGACCACGGCCAGAGGG